AUGGCGCUUCCUCCUUCGCUGCAGGCGCUGUCCAUCGGCUCCCUUACUGCUCCCAAUACUCUCGAGCUGUUUCUGGACUAUCUCUGCCCCUUCUCGGCCAAGCAGCUCAAGGGCGUCAACGAGCAUCUGCUUCCGCUCGUCAUCGGUGACUCAGCUCAGUACAAGGACCAGGUCCGAAUCGUCAUCCGACCCUACCCUCAGCCGUGGCACUCGAGCUCGACGCUGCUUCACGAGUCGGCCCUUGCCGUGGCCAAGAUUGCGCUUACCGAUCCGACCGUCACCGCCAUCCCGGACCGCAAUGCUUUCUGGCUCUACUCGUUGGAGCUCAUGAAGGAGCAGGAGCGCUUCUUUGAUGGUCCCGCUCGCGGUAAGGCUCCGGACCAGAUCCGUAGUGAGCUCGCGACGCUGGCGAUCGAGACCGUCGGCGAGGGUCCCAAGAAGCGCAAGCAGAAUGCGAUUCAUAGAGACUUGCAGGGUACGCCGCUGGGUCAGUCGGUCAAGAAUCAAAUUCGCGUCGAGAAAGAGGGCAAUGGCGGCAGUGCGGUCGUGCCCGAACUCAAGUACUGUGUCAAGCUCGGUCGUCAGAACGGCAUCCACGUCACACCAACGUGUCUCUGGAACGGUCUCGUGGAAGGUAGCAUCUCGUCUUCGUUCGAUCAGGCUGCGUGGAAGGACUUCCUCGGCAAGCAGAUUGCCUAA